GGUGCGAGUAUGGGACCUAUUGCUGCUGUUGCCCACUGUCCUUUUUCUAAUAGGUCUUCUCAUCAAAAUCAACAGUGCAAGACUCAAACUGCGUGCUGUCCACAGCCCCAUAUAUGCUACCUUUUAUGGUCUGAUUUGGCUAAACACUUUGGUGUCUGUUACGAGAUGUGUUGUGUCCAUGACUGUUAAUGCAGCCACCCCAUCGGGAGAUGUAGCAAACAAGCUGUUGUAUGUCAUCGUUCGUUUCUUUUUAUUAGCUACUGAGAUGAGUGUUGUCGUCUUUGCCGUCUUUUUUG